UGAUUUCGAUUCAACAAACAACAUUUAAUAAUAAGAACUGUCGCCGCUUAUAUAUCAACAACACUAAAGUUAAAAUAAAUGUUUUGAGUAUUAUUUUACAAACAUCCGUUGAAAAUUAAAUAAAAUGAAUACUGAUAAUUGCAUUGAUAUUGAUCAAAAUAUAGCAAACAAACUUUUCGAAGUUGGCGCUUUCCUAAUCAUAGCAGGAGUUCCAGUUGGUACUGAAUUCGGCGUCGACUUAUGUUCCUACACAAUCGGUGAAAACUUCCGAGGAAUAAAACUAAUACCUCCAGGACCACAUUACGUCUGGUGCUCAUCACAGGGACAAUUCGGUGAUGCUGCCCCACGUGUUGGAUUUAUACAUUAUUUUAAAAGUAAAGAAAUACUUGUGCGUGAAUGGAACAGACAGGAGGAAGAAUUACAAGAACGCCAAAUUGAAGACCCAAAUACCGAAAAAGCACAUAUCCGUGAGAAUAUAAAGUCUUUGGACCGUUUUUUGGCACCAUAUGAUUAUCGUUUCUUAAAUAAAUGGAAAAGCUUAACAAAUCUUGUAAACGAAGGUACACUUUCACGUUGCACUCCUGCAUCAGGCAUUAUUCGCACAAAUGUAAGUCUUUCAUCUUGUCCUGACGCUGAGAGGCCACGUGGCCCUAUCAAAAGUAUUAAGAUGUUAAAUGUAAAGACAAUUUUAAAUGAAAAUGAUUUAUUGCCUAAUUUAAAGCCUCUUAGUGGCACUAUGCCAAUCUUUAUACAUUUACCCAAUCGCGUACCUCAAAACGCUACUCCGGAAGAAGUCACCCGUCAUAGUAUAGAUUGUAUUGCAGCAAUUGAUGAUUUGUUUAAUAGUAUUUCAAGCUUUCACAUUUUAUUGGAAGAAAUUCAGCUGUGCUUUGUUUUCUAUUUGAUUGGUCAUUCUAUUGAGUCAUUGGACCACUGGCGACGCGUCAUACACUUGUUCUCUUACUCCGAAACUGCAACUACUAAAUAUAAAUUAUUUUACAAGCAAUAUAGUGAGCUUCUUGCCCUAGAAAUACCGUAUUUACCGGAGGAGUUGAUGGAACCUACUAACCGCAACACCAUUUAUAAAGACAUAAGAGUCUUGCUUAAACAUUUACAUAGUGCAAAUUUAAGUCUUAGUGCAGAACAUUUAUCAACGAAAUUGUAUAAAGAAUUGAAAUGGGAUUUCCGAGACUUACUGAUUGAUGAUCCAGAAGAUUUACCUGUUGUCGUCGAAUUGGAUUAGGCAGAUAAUAUUUACAAAUGUAAUUCAAUUAGGAAAAUAGCUUUAAAAGUUAUAUUUAUUAUAAUUAAACAAACUGAACAA